AUGUCCAGGUCCUACGACCGCGCCCUCACCGUCUUCUCGCCUGAUGGACAUGUCGAGUACGCCCUCGAGGCCGUCAAGCGCGGUACUGCUGCCGUCGGUGUCCGCGGCAAGUCGUGCGUCGUGCUCGGCGUUGAGAAGAAGUCGACGCUACAGCUCCAUGACCCGCGCACCGUCCGCAAGGUCGCUAUGCUUGACGACCACAUCUGCGUCGCUUUCGCUGGCCUCACUGCCGACGGCCGCAUUCUGAUCGACAAGGCGCGUGUUGAGUGCCAGUCGCACCGUCUCACCGUUGAGGACCCGACCACCGUUGAGUACAUCACCAAGUACGUCGCCGGCGUGCAGCAGAAGUACACCCAGUCCGGUGGUGUCCGCCCCUUCGGAAUCUCGACCCUGAUUGUCGGCUUCGACCCCAACGACACGCAGCCGCGUCUGUUCAUGACUGAGCCGUCUGGUAUCUACUCGGCGUGGAAGGCAUGCGCCAUCGGCCGUGCGUCCAAGACGGUCAGGGAGUUCCUGGAGAAGCACUACACGGAGAACCUCGAGCGCGACGAGACGAUCAAGUUGACAAUCAAGGCACUGCUCGAGGUCGUGCAGACUGGAGCGAAGAACAUUGAGAUCUCGGUGAUGGAGCGCUACGGCGUGGUGAGGAGCCUCGAGCCGACCGAGAUCGAGGCGAUCGUCGCGCAGAUUGAGUCGGAGAAGGAGGCCGAGGCAGAGCGCAAGAGGCAACGUCUGGCGCAGACGCAGGCGGGCCAGGCGUCCAUGUACGCCAGCAACCUGUCUGGCGCGGCGACGGGCACGACGACACCGGCGCAGGGCGAGACGGGAGGCGCGACGGCGCCCGGCGAGGAGAGCGGCGUGCAAUAG